GGGCCACUAAGCAGAGGGAGAUGAGGAGCACCCACUCUGCAGGUUGGUGUCUGCUACCAGGAUUCAUCAUAUUUAACAGAAGUGACCAUGAGGGGGCGCCACUGGGCAGAGGUCGGGGUAACCACCGUGCUGCUGCUGAGUGAGAUGGUCAUCGGGCAGCUGUGCAGGUCCUCCAUCACUGUACUCGACGCCUUCCACACGUUGUUCAUGCUGCUAAACACAGUUAAUGUGUCAAUAUUAAAUACCUUUGAUUCUGUGAACCCCAGGGAGCACCCCACUCCUCCACCCCACGAGGCCUGUGUGGACUACAGGGCAGUGAGAGCACAGCCCGUGGGAGUGUUCAUCUCUAAUCUAAUUUUGCUCAGUAUAAAUACCAUAUACAUAACUGAAAUUUGCAGCUUUGUGUUGGACCCAGCUGCAGUACGGCGCCCCCUGCUGCUCGUGGCCACGGGUACCGUGAGUCUAACUUUUAAGGUGUUCUUACUUGGACUCCAUUGGCAUCACGUGCAAAGAAAUCGAAGCGAGCUGUCAAGAAACUCUCACAUUGAGGUCAACUACAAUGCUGCAACUCUUUUUGAAGAAGAGAAGGCCCUGGCUGAGCAGGGUGGAGUGUUCACUAACAACAAACCCAAAGGAUGUAGCUCACUGCAAAAUGCAGCUCUUACUAUCAGUAACCCAAAUACCCUCCACCACUCUGAAGACAUGACAGAAAAUCAUACCAAUGGAACCUGUGGUAACCGCUCAUACAGCCAAACUCCAACUAAUGUCCAACAACCACCACCAGAAACCAAGUCAGCUCCACAGAGCCUGUUGUCAUCAUGGCUGGACAAGUGUGAGACCCUCCUCACCCCUGUUUUAGUUUUGGUGAAUGGCCUGGUCACACUGAGCAUGGGCUCCCUGUGUCUGCACAAAUCUAAACCAUGUGACCUUCUGGUUUACUUGGAUCCUAUGCUCUCAUUGUUGGCUGUUGUUUUACUAAUUGCAAAAGCAAUACCACCGGUCUGCAGACUUGGACAGGUGCUACUACAAUGCGUUCCUCGUCACCUUUCUGUGGAGGAAGUUCGUAAGAAGAUCAUGGACGUCCCAGGAGUAGAGGAAAUGCAUGAACUCCAUGUUUGGAAACUCAAAGAGUCCUUUAUAGUGGCCUCAGUCCAUGUGCGAUGCUACAACUCUCUGCAAAACAGGCAAGGAACCAUUCUGAACCUUUGUGCAGAUGUGAUGCUGGAGGUCACUAAAGUGCUCCAAAGUAUGGGAGUGGCCUGCAGCACCAUUCAGCCUGAGUUUACAGACCAAGAGACCCACCUUUGCAGCCUGACAUGUGGAGAGGUGUGUGCUGGUCACAUGUGCUGCUCUCAUCUCGAAGAAACACACAAAAUCCCCAAGACUGAGAGAACAAAAGAAGAGCCCUAA